GAACUUUGGAACUUCGUCAACUAAAAGGGGAAAAAAAGGAUGGACAGAUAGAAACUUAGCACUCGCAUCCAGUUCACUUUUAAAGUAUCACCCCAUACGGGCGGCGUGUUGGUGGGUCACGUUUCCACCCAUGCGCUCGACGGCCUGACGUUUUAAUCUCUCGUACGGUAGCACGGAUUGUUAUUGAAAUGAAGUGCCGCAAAAUAAAUGUUCGUGAUUGCAGUUGGUGAACUAGUAACAUUAAUUGCCCUUUAGUUUCGGAUUAUGAACAAUUGCCUGGAUUAAUAAUUCUCCACAAAUGGACUUCACUUUCGAUUUUAUCCAGUUAGCGAUUAAUUGGGAAAAAGUUUCACGUCCCUUCUGAAACAUCAAAUUCUACGCAUGGUGAAAUUUUCAGAUCGUUAGUAUCUUCAAUCGAAUGCCUUGUGCUCAGAAAUUGUCGCUUUGGAUAUUUAAGGAACUUUCAUACGAAUCGGUCUAAACGAUGAAACUCGAUCAUCACAUACAAUACAAGCCUGAUACACUAAACAGUAAAGAUAAAGAGACUGAUUACGAAAUAGCUUCAAAUCUUGGCAUCCAAAACUACAUGCUGCACAUGGAAAACGGAGAAAGAUUGCAGCAGUCUUGCUCAGAGGCUACAUCUCUAAAUAGGAGAAUGAAUGUGGAUCGGACAUUUAACAGUGUUUACUUGCGCCCAUCUUCAUCACUCUGUUACCAAAACGAACAACUUAUGGAUAGUAUAAACGAUAAGUAUGCUUCGUCCUCCUACAGGCAAGCAGAUUUAUUAAAUAAUCGGCAAGGAGAUCUGUUGAAUAAUCGGCAAGCAGAUUUGUUAAAUAAAUCAUUAAGGAAUGAAACUGGAGAAUCUGCAGUAUUUCCCAGAAUAAAAGAUGAAAAAUACACAAAUAUAAAUCAAAAUAAUGAGUCCAUUCAUAAUUCAUCUACUGAAGACAUAAACCCAUGCACUUCAAAAAAUGAAGUGGUAAAUGAUGAUGUAAAUACAAGUGACAAUCUGACAACAGCUGUAGUCAAAGCAGAAGAUAACACUGAAACUAAAGAGACUGUGAAUCCUAAAAAGUCAGGAGCAGGUAUGAGAAAACCAGAAAAACCACCGUUCUCAUACAUAGCUUUAAUAGUAAUGGCUAUUCAGAGUUCUCCAACUAAGAAACUCACUCUCAGUGAAAUUUAUCAGUUUCUUCAGCAAAGAUUUUCAUUUUUUAGAGGUGAAUAUAUGGGUUGGAAAAAUUCUGUACGCCAUAAUCUCUCUUUGAAUGAUUGUUUCAUUAAGCUUCCAAAAGGUCUAGGAAGGCCUGGCAAAGGUCAUUAUUGGACUGUUGACCCAGCAAGUGUGACAGUGUUCCAAGAUGGAUCUUCAAAACGAAGACCUCGAGGUUUCAGAAGGAAGUGCCAAGACAUGCAGAGAUAUUCCAUGUAUUAUCAAGGUAUACCUACACCUCCCAUGAUGGGUUUCGACAUGAUGAACCAGACUAAUAUGCCAGGCGGAGGAAUUCCGGAAAGUUCUCUUGCAAACUUGCUUCAGCCUUACCAAGCAGAACAUGAUGAUUUACUUGAAAAACGCAAUGCUAAAAUACAUGUAAGAAGAAAAUGUGGUGUUUCUUUCCAUCCUUACUACUACCAGAAUUCUCCAUUUUCCAGUGCAAUGAUGGGCUACGAAGGAAUGAAUCAACAAAAUCCUAAUGUUCCACCUGUUUCAUUGGGUUCAAAUAAUUCUACCGUGCAAGGAUUACAGUCUUAUCUUACACCCGAGCAGAUGAUGAUGUCCAGUAUAAACGCUACACCAGCCCACUACAGUUAUGCGAUGACCAGCAGUAGUCCUGCUUUAAACUUUAGUGUCGCUGGUAUGAAUGGCGGUCAUUACCUAACAAGUUGUGCCGUCGCAGGGACGCCCGGGCUGGGACCAUCAUCUCCCAUGAACUCCCCUGUGCCUGGAUCGGACUUCGGCGGCGUAGCAACGACGGCCUCCCCUGCAGUGUACGGCGGUAACGGCGCAGACAUUGGCCCGAAUGUUCCGCCGUGGCCCGGAAUGUGCGGAGUAGGACAUGCCGAACAAGAGUACAUAAAGCAGUCCCUCAGUCCAGCCAGUGCGACUAGCUCUCUCUCACCUAAUGCCGUACCUCCAGGUUCACCUUGUACGAGUGACGCUGCAAAUUAUGCCACGACCGGUUCUGAGCAGGUGUGUCAGAGACUUUUGGCAGGUGAAUCUACGGAGUUGCAGCAAGUCAGCGCUUCUCCUCCCAUCAACCAAUGGUCCGUCCGUCUUCCAUCAGCACUGCCAUCCACUAACUGCGACCGCAAUUCUUAUUCAAUUAACCAACAGACGAAUGGCUCUUCUUCGGUGAACAAUGGUAGUCUUCCUUCCAUGACAUCCCUUUGCAGUUCUCUAAGCCCCAGUAUGCCUGCUGCACCACAAGGUUCUUCCUAUACUGAUAGCAAGUACUUUUUAUGUUCAGGUGGUAGCAGUACCUAUGCUCAGUGAAAAUAUAAGAAAGAAAAUUAUAGCUGCAUUUAAAAAGUAUUUCUGUAUUUUCGAAAUAUAAUUUCUCUCUGAAGAGAGUAUUAGCCAUUGAGAGUGCCUUCGGCAAGUUCUCUUAUACUAUCAACAAAGUCAUAAGUUUUAUAAUAAGAGAGAACGACCAGAAUUUAAUUUAUUAAAAUUUUAAGAAGUAUGUAUGUAAAAAUGACAUAAAUAUUAAUCGUUUAGUGUAAAUGAAAAGAACGAACGCUGUGAAUUUAUAUGGAUUUCUGGUUUACAGAUAUUGCAGUGAAGAAACAAAGAAGUAAAUGCAGAAAUACUGUGUCAAAAGAACAAUUUGAUUUAGAUUUGAAAGAAAACUCAUGGAAUCAUAGAACUUUUUGAUUUGAAGACAUAAACCAGGAACCCGUGAUUUGAACUGAUGUAUAAAAUAUGUUGAAUUUUUCAUUGAUACAUCAUCUUCAACCUUGAAAGAAAUGAUACUAGAACAUAAUAAAUUAAUUUAAAUGUAAACCAUUGAAAAAUAAUGGAAACAAAAUUAACGGUUUUCAUUAAGAGGUAUGAUGUCUACGUAAUGUCUUGUAUUAAGUAUUAUACAGAAUAGAAGGAAGAAAUAACUAUAUAAUAGCCUGUUUCUUUAUGACAUUAAAUACUGGAAUUUAGGAAAUUGAAAUCUCGGUGAAUUGUUCGUAGUUACGACUUGACACAUUUUUCCAGAACAAUUUCCAUCUGAGCUUAUGUGUAAAUCGCAAUUAAUCAUAUCUUCUGCUGCAUCUAAACUGAUAAGAAUUUUGACUAUAAUAUCACGCAGAUAGUGGACAUAUUUGUGUAAAGUCGCACGUUCAUAGCACUUUUACCAUUGUAAAAGAAUUUGUUUUCUUUGUUCGAUUGCUUUUAAUGAAGAGUGAAAAUCAUUUUCAAUUAUAUAUUUUCUCCUUUUCUUAUAUAGGUGUGAUUCAUAUAAUGCUUAUGUCUUUAAGCUAAACGAUAAAAAUUCACAUCUUUUUAAUAACAAGUAGCAACACAAUUUUGAAGCAAGUCUUGUACAUCUUUUUAUUUCAGCAAUGUGACUUGAUAAAUAAGUGGUAGUAUCUGUAAAUGAGAACUUAAACUUCUUGUUUUUUAUUACAAAACCCUAAUGCAUUAAAAUUUAACAUAAUAGUUAUUAUUUUACAAAAAUUACCCCUGCUGUGUCAUUAAAAACCAAACAAUAACUUACAUACUAUUAAGUAAAAUAUUGUCAAAUGCAACUGAUCUUUCCUUUAUAUUAACGUUUUAGAAAGAAAUAUUUUUUGCUAAAGAAAUGUUCCCCAUUUCACACCAGAUGGAAAUCUAUGAAAAAGGAUAAAUCGUGGAGGAGUUAAUCGUUCAGGAGAAAAUCCUACUAAAUCCGGAGAAUUAUACUUAUGUGAAUGCAUUCUAUAAAAUUUUCGUAGAAAAAUUCAACUAUCAUGGAAGUAACCAUCCGUUUCCGUGAGAAAAAGUAAAUUAUUUUGUGUAUUAGUUCCUAAUCUUGUGUAUGUUUUACAAUAAGUUUAUUUUCUCUCUUUGCAUUUGUGGCUAUAUAAUCAAAAAUGAAUACAAAAUAUUACAUAUUUUGCUAAUUUUAAAUGUUUGCAUUUUGUCUUUUGAUGUUGUUAUAUUUCGAGGAACAUGUACAAAUUUUUUGAUGAGAGUUUAUGAAUAAAUUGAAGUAUUUAAAUUA